AUGGCGAGCCCCGAGAUCGAGCUGCCUCGUUCGUCAGCCUCCGUCCUCGACUCCGGAAAUGCCGCGGAAAUAAGCGACCCUAUAGCCUCGGACGCGGAAAAGGACGUGGACAAGACCUCUAGAAGGUCUACCUUGGACGGCACCUCAGAAACCCCCAUCGUGUGGCACUAUCUCACCUUCGAGACCGACCUACCCCACCCCUCGAGUCUGCAGCCCCCCUGUGCCGGUGCUGCGCCACCACCCGAGUGCCCGAACCUCAAGAAAUAUGGGAACCCCUUUGACUGGUCGCCUAAACGCAAGUCCAUCAUCCUCUGGUUGUCAUGCAUCGCCACCGCCAUGACGGCCUACACCGCAGGCUCCUACAGCCCCGGCGUAGGCCAAAUGUCCGAGGAGUGGCAUGUGAGCCGCGUUGCUUGCCUCGUGGGCAUCACCAUCUUCACCUGCGGCUUUGCCGUCGCUCCCAUGGCCCUGGCACCUUUCUCCGAGAUCAACGGCCGGAAACCGGUCUUCUUGGCUUGCGGCAUCCUCUUCGUCGUCUGCCAGCUAUGCUGCGCCGUCACCCGACUCUAUGGCGGAAUGCUCAUCGCCCGGUUCUUUGCAGGGAUAGGCGGAAGCACCUUCUCCACCAUGGUCGGCGGCGUCGUCAGUGACAUCUACCAUGCCGCAGAUCGCAACACUCCCAUGGCCAUGUUCUCUGGCGCUGCAUUGCUCGGGACAGGGCUCGGGCCUCUAACAUGCGGCUGGGUUGCAGAAUAUAUAAACUGGCGGUGGAUCUUCUACAUCCAGACAAUUGUUGACACGGUACUGAUGGUUGUCGUGUGCAUCUGUUUCAAGGAGACGCGUGGAAGCGUGUUGCUGAGCCGCAAGGCACAAGCACUGAACAAGUGGUAUGAAGCACGAGAGGAAGCAGGCUACUUUAACUUCGACAUGCCUUCGGAGCCGGGUGCACAGAAAAUGGCAUCCCAGCGCAUCAGGUGGAAAGUCAAGUCAGACGAGGAACGCGCCGAUUUGAUGACCAUGAUCACCAUCUCGCUGUACCGACCAUUCCAUCUUUUGCUUACCGAGCCAGUCGUCUUCUUCUUCUCGCUCUGGGUCUCAUUCAGCUGGGCCAUCCUCUACCUCACCCUUGGCGCCAUUCCUCUGGUGUUUGAGGCUCGAUACAACAUGUCACUCGGCCAAGCCAACUCCAUCUUCGCAGUCAUGGUCGUGUUCGCCAUCCUUGCUGUCCUGCUCAGCGUGUUCCAAGAAAACUGGGCGCGUCGCAACGGGAAGCUCGUAGACAACCCCGAGGGCCGCCUUUACUUUGCUUGCGUCGAGAGUGUGCUCAUGCCCAUCGGCCUUUUCAUGUUCGGCUGGACGUGUGCCAGCUCCGUCCACUGGAUAGUCCCAACCAUUGCCAUCGGCCUGGCCACGGUUGGCAUCUUCACCAUUUACCUCGCUACGUUCAACUACCUUGCCGACGUCUACCACCGCUAUGCGAGCUCCGCGCUUGCCGCACAAUCUUUCUGCCGCAACAUGCUGGGCGGCGCGUUUCCACUCAUCACCGCCCAAAUGUAUCACAAACUGACCUUCGGCGGCGCAUCCAGUCUGCUCGGCGGCAUCGGCGCCGUGCUCACCAUCGUGCCCUGGGUCCUUGUCUUUUACGGCCCACGCAUCCGCCAGAGGAGCAAAUUCGCGAGCGAGAUCAUGAAGAAUUGA